AUGCAAAUGCUAAAGAAUAACACUUGCAUUAGAGAAAUAUAUGAGCUAUACAUAAGACCAUUUAAUUGGGAAAAUUUCAUUUUCCUUACAGUCAGGCCUACUUGUCCCGACAAGGCUCGUCGUUUGGGUUACAAGGCCAAGCAGGGCUUUGUUGUGUACCGUGUCCGUGUGAGACGUGGAGGGCCCAAGAGGCCAGUGCCAAAGGGUAUUGUGUAUGGUAAGCCCACAAGCCAGGGAGUAACCCAACUCAAGUUCCAGCGUAGCAAGCACUCUGUUGCUGCACUCAGAGUCGUAAACUCUUACUGGCUCAACGAGGAUUCGACGUACAAGUACUAUGAGAUCAUUCUUGUUGACCCUGCACACAAUGCUGUGCGUAAUGACCCGAGAAUCAACUGGAUCUCUAACCUGGUGCAUAAACACCAUGAGCUCAGAGGACUUACCUCAGAGGGAAAGAAGAACAGAGGACUUACCUCAGAGGGAAAGAAGAACAGAGGUCUGCGUGGAAAGGGUCACAACAACCACAAGAACCGUCCGUCUCGCAUCGCCCAGAAAGAGGGGGAAGCUUGUUCUGUCGACGUCGACCUUUGCAUCAAUUCCCUCUCUUUUACGGGCUAUCUGUUCAAUAGGUGGAGGAACCCCUCUGCGAGUGCAGCUAAAGGAGGACCUUUAGGAGUUUAUGCUAAAAUGCGUUUGCGAUUGUCAUUUCCAAAUAGCUUUUGUGAUUCCUGUUUGCGAUCACUGUUUUGCUACUAG